AUGUUAGGCGGCGAUGGUGAUGACGUUGGCGACAAUGACAAGACCCUUUUCGCUCCUCCGCUCUUUCCGUUUCCAUUUGGAUGUUUGUGGUGGAGUGGUUUGUGUGAAUGGUGCUGGUGCGGCUGUGCUGUGAUGGCUGACUGCUUGCUGCUGAACACGUUGAUCAAGUCGGUGAGGACAGGUCGAUCUCGCUCACGGCGACCACCACCACGCGACCUUGAUCAUGGAUCAGCUGUUCCACAAGAUUCAGUUACAGGUCAUUACAAGAAUCAAGCAUAUGAUGAAGCACUGGUCAAUGGAAAUAAGAUCGUUGCAUUUCCUAGCGUAGCGAUGUAUGAAUCAUCGUGUAAUGAUGUUGUAACUCAGCAGCAACAGAAGGCGCCAACAAAUCCACCUCACUGGUAUAAAAUAGAGGACAGCGAUGUUGUGAAACAACUUCUUAAGGAAAAUGAUGCUUUGCGUAAGGAAUUGGUGGAAAAAGAUAGGACAAUCAGUAAAUUAAAAGCUCAGAUGUUACUUCAUUGA